CCAAUACCCUGAAGAAUCCAGUCAUGAUAGCGUCUCUCGUCCAAAAGGAAAAGUAAAACGCAUUUCUACUAGUCCACAGCAAAGGUGCAAAGAUUCCAUCCAACCGGAACCACCAUUGCUCCACUUCACUACCGCCACAUCUUCGCUGGCAACGAUGGCUUUCUCGGAGUUCCAACCACUCAACGACAAGACUUUGAUCGAAUACAUAAAGUCCGUCCCUGCCCUCUCCUCCAAACUAGCCAACAACUUCGACAACUUAUCCAUCAAAGAAGUUGGAGAUGGCAACCUUAACUUUGUCUACAUUGUUUUCAACUCCGCAGGUUCUUUUGUCAUCAAACAGGCUCUGCCGUACGUUCGUUGCAUCGGGGAAUCAUGGCCUAUGACGAAGGAGAGAGCGUACUUUGAGUCGUUGGCGCUGAAAGAAGAGGGUCGCUUGUGCCCUGAACAUGUCCCAGAAGUGUAUCACUUUGACCGUACCAUGUCUUUGAUUGGCAUGCGUUACUUAGAGCCUCCGCAUAUAAUCCUCAGAAAAGGGUUAAUUGCUGGGAUUGAGUACCCUUUUUUGGGUGAGCACAUGGCUGAUUUCAUGGCAAAGACUCUCUUCUUUACGUCUCUCCUUUUCCGUUCCACUACUGAGCACAAACGGGACGUUGCCGAAUUUUGUGGGAACGUGGAGUUAUGCAGGCUCACUGAGCAGGUCGUUUUCUCUGACCCUUAUAAAGUUUCUCAAUAUAAUCGUUGGACUUCCCCUUAUCUUGAUAGUGAUGCUGAGGCUGUUCGCGAAGACAAUCUGCUGAAGCUUGAAGUUGCUGAGUUGAAAUCUAAGUUCUGUGAGAGGGCCCAGGCAUUAAUACAUGGAGAUCUACACACUGGUUCUGUGAUGGUUACUCGGGAAUCAACUCAGGUUAUUGAUCCGGAAUUUGCAUUUUAUGGACCAAUGGGUUUUGAUAUUGGAGCAUUCUUGGGAAACUUGAUUUUGGCUUUCUUUGCUCAAGAUGGACAUGCUGAUCAAGCAAAUGAUCGAAAAGCAUAUAAGGAGUGGAUUCUUAAGACAAUUGAAGACAAUUGGAAUCUUUUCUACCACAAAUUCACUUCACUUUGGGACAACCACAGAAAUGGUGCUGGUGAAGCAUAUCUUCCCGCAAUCUAUAACAACCCUGAGGUUCAACAGCUUGUACAGAAAAAAUACAUGACAGAUUUGUUUCAUGAUAGUCUUGGAUUUGGUGCUGCCAAAAUGAUAAGGAGAAUUGUUGGUGUGGCACACGUUGAGGAUUUCGAAUCCAUUGCUGAUGCUGGCAAACGGGCAACCUGUGAACGGCGGGCACUUGAUUUAGCUAAGAUGAUUCUCAAAGAAAGAAGAAAAUUUGAAGGCAUUACUGAAAUUAUUUCAGCAAUUCGGCAAUUCUAGCCAUAACAAGAUUUUGAUGCAUCAAUAGUUCAAUACCUCCAUGAUGUAUCGUGUUUACCAUAUAUUAUCUUUGAGAUUUUUGCUGUGUAUUACUAUAUAACUUUCACUGUCAAAAUUCUGUGUAGACUUUCCAAUUAUUUUACACGUACCCCCAUAUGUGUUGGAUGCAGUGGAGAGUAAAUGACAAAGGAAAAUAGAAUGGACGAAAACGAAGAGAAAAGUUUGUAUUUAGUCCUUAUUGGAAAUUCCAGCUGUAUAUUAUAACACCGAAAUCGACAUGAAGUUAUUAUAAAAUAUAAGAAUUAAAUGGAAAAUAAGUGAUGUUUAUAUUU